CAAAUAUGGCCGAGAAGAAGUAGCAAUUCUCAAAGAGUUGCAUUCAAAAUGAAAUAAUUGCACUUAUGCAGAUUUAUGUGCUGUUGAAGUUUUCCAGUAUAUUUCGCAAACCUUAGCUUCCUGAUCAUGCUUCCAUCUUCUGGGUAUUUUAGAAGUGUGACCUGUCCGUACUUCAAAAGUGGACUUUGCGAGCGACCCUACUGCCAUUACAGGCAUACAGUUAACAAGCCAGACCAUAGUCUCCCCGAUAGACAAUCUGAAGCCGCAUCCUUGGUUGUUGGUGCAGCAAAGAAGGAUGGGCGUGCUGUGGGAGAACCCGGAUCGGAGGACCUGGUGCACAUGGUCAGCAGUGCUAUUCGACAGAUGCAGCGUGUUGUGGAGCAGGUCAACUCAAACAGUAAAACCCCUGAUGGUUUAAAACAGUCCAAAAAGGCACUCAACACAACCUAUCAGCCAACUCCACUAGCUAAGCUACAAAAAUGUAAGCAAGGUACGGAUGAUAGUACACUGCACGAACGCAACAGAAGACCAACAGUUGCAAAGACGAGGAGCAAAUCGUCCGUUCCUGAGUACAGGCCAACCCCUUUAAAUAAACUCAGGCAGAAGGUUGGGAGGGAUGUGGGAAAGUCCUCACGUAUUGAAUAUAAUCCUGAUGGAAAUACAGAAAAGUAUAUCCCACCGUAUAGCUCGCCACCCAAGGGGCCACUGUAUAAGCCGACGCGCACAUCUUCGGAAUCGCACAGGAGCGGCAAAAGCUCAAUUAGAGAGAAACAUGAAGCCUAUGACCCAACAGCAGUCAAGAGUGUCAGAAGCAGAAACAAUUCAGAAAAUGAUGAAGGCAAGCAUGAACAAUAUGAUCCAACUACAAUCAAAAGUAACAGAACUAGAAAAGGUUCAGAGAAUGGAGAGGGCAAGCAUGAACCCUACAGUCCAACUGCUAUCAACGUAAUCGAAAGUAGGAAAAACUCCAAGAAUGAUAGCAGCAAACAUGAGGCUUAUAACCCAACUGCUACCAACAAUGCACGAAGUUCCAGCAGUAGUAAGCACGAACCUUAUGAUCCGGAGUCAGCCGGUAGUGUCCGAAUCUCUGGCACCAAAAAACACGAUGCCUAUGAUCCAAAAGAAUGUAAGAGUGUGGGCAGUGAUGUUCAUAAGCAUGAAGCUUAUAUCCCUGCAGGAGGAGACAGAGAAUCGAGCGACGUGGUCACAUAUGUACCCACUGUUACAUCAGCAAGUGAUUCUGACAUGCCGUACGAUCCCGUAGCAAGCACACCACAGGAAUACGUUCCCACCACUUCAGCGAGCGUUGCCCCGGAGAGUCAGUCUGAUUCGGAAUAUGAUCCUACAUUGAUCAGCAAAUCUCUGAAGGAUGCUAGGGAUGUGGAUACUGUUAAAAGCAGUGUGAAUUCCGAUAGUAAAUAUCAGGAGUACGUUCCUACAUCUAAGAAAUACACUUCGCUCUAUAGCAAGCCUGCAGCUGAGGAUGAAUAUAGUCCAGAGUUUGUGAGCACAAACAAGUACAGCGUUAAUGAUGCAUACUCCACUAAUAAAUGCAAUAUGGAUGCCACGUCUACGGCUGAAGGGCAGAUUAAGUGUGAACAAGAGUAUGAUCCCAUGAGCGAAGGCUGUACGGGGGAAUCGCCCCGCAAGAAAGACAGUGACAUAGAGUAUAUCCCUUCUUGUAAGUCAUCCAGUAAAUACUCAAUAGAUGUAGUUAGGCCAUGUGCACCAAAUAUGUACGAUCCCUUGGUGAAUUACCGAAGCAAUGCAGUAUCAACUAUACCUGCAGUCGAGCAGAGUGUCGAGCACAAUUCCCUAGGGUUAGUAUCUGAUGAAGCCACGUUCAGUGCUGACGAGGUUGCUGAUGCUGAGUGCAAGGUCACGUGUGAUAAAAAGCAUCGGUCUCAAGAAGAGUCUGCUACAGUUAAUGACGAGAUGCAUGUCUCUCUCAAUAUUGAUGUGAUGAAUGAGGAUGGAAAAUCUAAGUCGUUAAGUGUCAAACCUCGUAAUAAAAAAUCAAAUGACCAUAAAGUAUCCCAGCCUGGCCACAAGCAAAAGAAGCAACACUCUUCCAAAGAUCAACGUGAUGAAAAAGAUGGUGAAAAGUUAAUCAAGGAAACGCGAAACCGUAUUAAGAGCGACACAAACGACACAAAUGAUGAAAAAAUGCAUAGCUCGACCGAUAAAGUUCAAUCAAAGCACAGACAUUCUCAUCACAGAAGUUCUUCCUCUUCAUCACACAAGAGUAGCGCUAAAGUCCAUGUGCCAAGUGAUGUGAACAAAAGCAGCACCAGCCAUCACAAAAGUGACAAAUUAAAAAGUCACGACAAGCCGAAAAGCGCGACGAAAAAAGACGCCGGUAGUGCGAGCGAGAAAUCCAAAGGUGACGAGCACAAGCAUGUGAAAUCGAGCGACAGACAUCGCGGUACAUCUGUCUCGGAGUCGGACAGAAAGACUAGCUCUUCUGGCGGGAAGGAGAAGCCGUUGAAGACCGGUGAAGCCUCGCGUUCUCACCAGAGACGGGACAAGCCGGCGAUCGAGACUCGCAAGCGAUCGUCCGCCGAUCUCUUGAGCGACGCACAUGAGGUUGCUUCUAUGCCGAGCUCAAAGAAGCACAAGGCCGCGCACACCCCUGUCUACAGCAACACGGCAAAUAUAUUCGACUCGUUCAUGACAGACGCGUCGGCCGAACCCAACGAUGAGAAGGGCUGUGAGCAAGUGAUGCAGACCUACAGCAAGGGCGACAUAUACGAGAUUUCUUCAGACACUGAGGACGACGUCUGGGUGAUCAGUGAUGGUGAGAGUGGAGGCGACGAUGCUGCCAACAUGCUAGAUGUUGAUCUCGACAGUCAUGAUACUUACGAGGAAUGCUUGAAAAUUUUCAAGGAGCCGGUUAAGCCAAAGAGUAGCCAGUCAACACCAAGUGUGGUUAAUAAAUUUAAAAAGCAAGAGACUGAAGCAUCCAGCAGCGUGUCGGGGAGGCAAAGGCACGCACACCCGAGCACAGAUGGUGGUGCACGAUCCAAGUUGAUCAAGCAGCGGCCGCACUGCAGGCUGUCUCCUGCGCAGGUCAUGCACAACCGAUUCCUGCAGUUGCAGAAAGCUGCCAACGAGGCCAAGCGCAGUCACGCGGAGACUGUCCCUCGCAAGCAGUCGUCCAGCGUGCUGCCAUCGUCAUCAUCAGCUAGCGGGUCUAUAGGUUCACUCCAUGCUCCCACUACUACAACAGCAAGACCUAUGAUUGCAAGCGGUGUCGGUACGAAUUCGGGAAAGAAACGAUUACAGCACACUCCUAUGCAAACAGCGUCUGCUCGUGGCAUCACUGCACUGAAAAAGCGAUCGCAGCUUAUACGUCCGGAAGAUAGGACUGCAGGCCGUACUAUAGCCAAGGGUUCUCAGCGAAUGGCGCACACUCCACUGCCGGCUGUUUUAGCACGACCGACGAUCCCAUCGGACUAUGGAAGUAAAGUAGCGACCAACAUCAGACAGAGAUACCUAAACCUAUUCAUUGAUGAGUACAUUCGUAUCUGUAGCAAUGAGGCGGAGUCUCAUAAGAAGGGAUUGGAUGAAGAGAAGAUUGUUUACGAUCGCAGUUCUACGAAAGGUGUCUACCUCAAUGUCGCAGUGCAUGCACUCAAGCGUCUAAGAGACCAAGUCGGACAGGUGCUGCCAUCUGAUGUUAAAAAACAAAACUCGAAAUGUGUGUCAAAGCAGCCAACUCAUGAAGAGAACUUGGGUGGGAGACAAGCCACGAAGACCACAUACACACUAAACAGAUCGGGAAAACAUGCACAAUUGGAUUUAUCUACUGAGGCUGAGCUGUACAAGCAGCUGAAGCCAUACUUACUGACUGAGAAACAACUAGAAGAUAAUGGGUUCCCGUUCAUGUCGCCCGACAAGCCUGGCUGUGCUGUGCUGGUGACGACAACCAAAGCUAAGUCGGCUGGCUCCGCGAACAGUCUGGAGAGGCUGUGUUGCAGAUGUGGAAAUCGAUUCAGAGUCAAUGCAAAGGGACGAUACGUCACCAAAGACGAGUGUGUUUACCACUGGGGUCGACCCUGGAAGAAAAAAGUUGCUGGAGCAUGGAUCACAAGCUAUACCUGCUGUUCAGGUGAUUCCAACUCGGAAGGUUGUUCAGUUAAUAAGCUGCACGUGAUUGACGUAAAGAGCUUGACAGGAUUUGUCAAAACAUUGCCGAAGACACCACCACUGGAUGGAAAUUUCGGAGUAUAUGCACUAGACUGUGAAAUGGCCUACACAACAGAGGGAAUAGAGUUGAUUAGAGUGACGGUGGUGGAAUCGGAUUGCAAGCCCGUGUACGAAACAUUAGUGAAGCCUGAUCAUCCUGUCAUUGAUUUCAACACAAGGUUCAGUGGCAUCAAGGAGGAGGACAUGCUGGGUGUGACGACCACACUGCGUGACGUCCAAGCAGUGCUUCUCAGUCGGUUUAACGCGCAGACCAUACUGAUGGGACACAGCCUCGAGAGCGACCUGAUGGCCUUGAAGCUUGUACAUCAAUCUGUGGUUGACACGUCCGUUGUGUUUCCGCACCGACUCGGGCCGCCAUUUAAGCGAGCGCUGCGGAACCUAAUGGCCGAGCAUCUGAAGAAGAUCAUUCAGGACAGUGUUGAUGGUCACGAUAGUCAGGAGGAUGCUGUUGCCUGCCUAGAGCUGAUGAUAUGGAAGAUUAAGGAGGACGCUAAGCUAGGAAUACCCGUCACCUCGUGACACCUCCAGGAGGAUACUACAAUAGAAAUGCACCUGUCAUCGCUGCAGCUAGAAGGUAGCUCUAGUGUUGCUUGAAUAAUGGUGUUAGAGGAUUGGGAUCGUACAUGGCGUGUGAAUGCAUUGCAUGCUCGUUCCCUCCCCCUUCUCUCUGCCUCUCUCCCCUUUCUCUCUCUCUCCUCCCUUUCUUGCUCUCUCUUAUCUUUUGGUAAUUGUGGGGAUUGUCAUUUUAACAAAGUUAAAAAUAGUACAACAUGGAAACCUACUGCCCAAGAAACUCUGUUUCCUCACUUCCAUUCCCGAUAGGUGGCAGCACAAAUACAGUAUCCUCAACACAUAAGUUGAUCUGAUUCAUAUGCCGAUAUUGCGAUAUAUAGCAAAGACAUGAUUACUUGAUAGUGCAUGUAUACGUGUGCAAGCGUGCAUGCGUGUGUCUAACAUCGUAAGCAAUAACAUCGCUGCAUCCUUCUGAUGUGAUUACAGCGAUAUAUGUGUUAUUUAUGAAUAAUUUUUAAGUAUUUAAAAAUCAUGUGAGACUUGAGUUUGUACUCGGUUUUUCUACAUGGAAAUCAUUGUAGUGCACUGCAUUCGCUAGGCGUGUUGAAAUUGUGAACUGUACCACUCACUGUUGAUGUAUUCGAAAAACAAUGCUGUAUAGUAUGCCACUGCUAUCUAAUAUAUGGAUGUACUUAAUGAUACUGCAUAAACAAAAUGUGCAAGAGUUCUAGCUUUUUUGUAUAAAAAAACAAUACUUUUACAAGAACUAUUAAGCAUGUAAAAGCAACCAUGGAUCUCUUCCCUUCUCCCCCUUCUCGUUUUUUUCUUCGUUACUACUCCUGCUAUUGUAACCUACUUUUCCUCGCAUUGAAUAAUAAUACCGCUCCUUUAAAUAAAUAAUUUAUUCAUGUUCACGUCGUAACCCCAUGUACUCUGGCUGACAAUAAUUAUAUUCUUCCUGGUUAUCAUACUCUGUGAAUUAGGCAUCAAAAUGUUUGUGUGUAAUUUUUGUAAUUUUGUUAUUAAUUUUGAGAAAAUGCGUUGUUAGAAACGGCAACGAAUUGGUGCUUGUGAUAUUUAAAGCCAUAAACUAAAAUUACACAUAUGCAGAUAUGUAUGUAUGUAUGUAUGCAGUGUUGACGUGAUGUCUGCUGUGUUUGAUGUUGACAUGAUGUGUGAUAGACGUGCCGCGUUUCCUGGUUCACUGUAUCAUACUGAUAGUACAUUACUGUUACUGUACAUUAUGGAAGAUUUGUGUUAGAUGUCAACGUCGGAAAACGUAGAGCAAAAAAACAUUAGUAUUUGUUAUUCCACGGCAGCACAUAAUAUGGCCAGAUAAUAUUCGCUUGAGAUGUAGUACGUGACUGCAGCAGAGAUUUUUUUACACGGUCAGUAAGCUAAAUGGUUUAUUUGAUCAGGAAGUGAGUAAGCUAAAUUGCAUUUCUUGUUUGCUGCACCUCAGUGCUUUUGUACUAUUAAUUAUAGUAUUGGACAGUUUAUUAUCAAUGUCGUAUACAUAUUGUAUAUAUGUGUCAGUGUGUAUUUAUAUUUUCGUGAUAAAUAUCCCUUCCUACCUCAGGGGUUAUAAAAUCUCUGGGAAAUCGUCUUUCCCUCAAGUAUUUAAGCCUAAAAUUUAAAAAAAUGCUAUUGAGGAUUUUUUUCUGUUUAUAUAAAGAAAAACGAGCUAUCCCUGACACUUUAUUUUUCUAUAAUUAUUUGUGUUGUUGUCGUUGCACAACUGCCUAUACGUAAUAUCAUCAGUAUAUGUGUAGCAUAUAGUAGUAAUAUAUAUUCUAUACAUAUAUUCGUAGUAAUAUCGGGAGCACAUAAACAUAGGAUAAACAUAAUUGAUGUUAAUGUGCUAUUGCUAAUAUAUAUAUAUAUAUAUAUACCUAUAUAACUGAGUUUUUGUAUGCCAGUUUUGUAGAUGGUUGGCAAAUAGCAUAUAUGUAAAUACAAUCUCAGGCUAUAAGAUGUGUGAAUAAACAAACCUAGCUAUGCCCUGGACCAAUAAAUUGUACCCUAUAGAGAUUUUUAGGUUAUAACAAAUUCUAGAGCAACUUAUUAGUCCAACUGCACCCUAGCUGUUAACCAAUGUAUCAAGAGCGUAUACAUCAGGUUGACAACAUCUAUAUACAUACAAAUGCUUUUCAAGAUAUAGUCGGUAGAAAUAAAAAUGUUAAUUAAUGCUUUAAUCAACAUAUACCAACGAGUGCAUAUGUAGCUUAUUAAAUCUAGUUCCAGAUUACACAGGUAUAAUUCUGUUUACUAGUUGGGUAGUUGUAUAAUUAAUACUGUGCCGAAAUGUGAGGCCCUGUCUAUCACUGUCGCCAGCUUAGCACAAUGUCUUGCUUGAAAACAAGUUGCAUUGAUCUCCAAUAGGUGCGGAGGCCAUUCGAUGGUUAUAGUUUCACUUCAAAUCGACUGUAAAUUUUUCACAAAAGUAAAAUAUCUCACUAUCAAACUGAA